UCAUCACCUCCACCUCUCACUUCCUGUGGGUUACAUGUGACCAUCUGAACCCAAGGGGACCAUGCCAAAGACUAGAAUCCAUGCAGUUCGUCAUGGCGAUUUCCUUCCAACCAACAUGGUCUGGGCCCUCCAUCCCUGGAGAUCAUCCCCCUUGCAUCUCAACUUUGGGUCAGUGGAGAACAUUUUAACCAUUUCAAUCUAAACUUUCUUUAGUGUCAGAUUUUUCCCACUACAGAGCAACCCAAAGAAACAAUAAUACAAGUGCAGGGGCAAUGCAUGCGUUUGGUUGCCAAAGUGCAGUUGAGGAAGAAGGUCCAUUCUCAAUCAAAGGAUGUAAGUGGGAAGCUUAUGGCAACAAGCAAGUUCUUCUGCUUCAUGUUAGUAUAAAUAGACCAUGGAGAGAGAGAGAUUGUGUGUGUGCGUGAGAGAGAGAGAGAGAGAGAGAGAGAGAGUGUGUGUGUGUGUGUGGUGGCAAUGGGAGAUCAGAAAACCGAGGUGUAUUUUGUCUUUAUGAACUUUGAUCCCAAGUAUGAGCGUCUCCAUGCAGAUCGGUGGGUCGAGCUGUCAAAGGAAGGCGUGGAGGAGCUUGACACUUACCUGAGCAAGAAGCACGACCGAUUGCUCGAAAAGCUUUUCCAGCCAAACACCUACAAGAAGAAAUCUUCCUUAGCCAUUGUUGACGGCUUCUCAGUGGAGAUAACCAAAGAGCAGGCAGCCACUCUCAGAUCUGCUAAGGAAGUGAGGGUGGUUGAGAAGAACCAAGAGCUUGCUUGACAACAUAUUUGAUGGCGUCAAAUACUCUUGUAGCAGUAUAUUGCUUGUGUUUCUCCUUCAUGUAUUAAAGACUCUGUAUGCGGUGAUGGUUGAUGAGCGUCUUUGAUGUACAACAGGAGACAUGGAAAUAGACUGUUGCAGAAUAUGCAUCCCUGCCA